AUGGGGUCCCCUUCCAGCUCGGGCUUCUACGUGAGCCGCGCGGUGGCCCUGCUGCUGGCGGGGCUCGCGGCUGCGCUCCUGCUGGCGCUGGUGGUCCUCGCCGCCCUGUACGGCCGCUGCGCGCGCGCCCCGCCGUCGGAGCUUCACGGCCGCGGGGACCCCGACGCCGCGUCCUCUCCACCCCGCGAGCAGGCGGAGGCGCGGUCCACCCAGAAGCCCGGCCGGGAUGGGGAGCUGGAGGCCCCCACUCCACGCAGCUGGCGACCCCCAGGGCCCUGGGACCAGCUGCGUCUGCCGUCCUGGCUCGUGCCGCUGCACUACGAGCUGGAGCUGUGGCGGCUCCGGCCCGGCGAGCUGUCGGAGCUGGCGCUGCGCUUCACCGGCCGCGUGAACAUCACCGUGCGCUGCGCAGUGGCCACCACGCGGCUGCUGCUGCACAGCUUCUUCCUGGACUGUGAGCGCGCCGAGGUGCGGGGCCCGCUGCUCCCGGGCGCAGGAGACGCCGCCGUGGGUCGCGUGCAGGUGGACGACGUCUGGUUUGCGCUGGACAUGAGCUACAUGGUGCUGGAGCUGGGCGAGGCCCUGCAGCCAGGGAGCCGCUACCAGCUGCAGCUCAGCUUUUCGGGCCCGGUGUACCAGGACACCAGGGAGGGGCUCUUCCUCAACGUCUACACCGACCGGGGUGAGCGCAGGGCUUUGUUAGCGUCUCAGAUGGAGCCAACAUUUGCCAGGAAUGUUUUCCCUUGUUUUGAUGAGCCAGCUCUGAAAGCAACUUUUAAUAUUACAAUUAUUCAUCAUCCAAGUUAUGUGGCCCUUUCCAAUAUGCCACAGCUAGGUCAGUCUGAAAAAGAAGUGAAUGGAAUCAAUUGGACCGUCACCACCUUUUACCCCACGCCCCACAUGCCUACUUAUUUAGUGGCUUUUGCUCUAUGUGACUAUGACUAUGUCAACAGAACGGAACGGGGCAAGGAGAUCCGCAUCUGGGCCCGGAAAGAUGCCAUCGCAAAUGGAAAUGCAGACUUUGCUUUGAACAUCACAGGCCCAAUCUUCUCUUUUCUGGAAGAUUUAUUCAAUAUUAGUUACCCUCUUCCAAAAACAGAUAUAAUUGCCUUGCCUAAUUUUGACAACCGUGCAAUGGAAAAUUGGGGACUAUUGAUAUUUGAUGAAUCAUUAUUAUUGCUGCUACCAAGUGAUCAACUAACAGAAAAAAAGGCUGUGAUCUCCUACAUUGUCUCUCAUGAGAUUGGACAUCAGUGGUUUGGAAACUUGGUUACCAUGAAUUGGUGGAACAAUAUCUGGCUCAAUGAAGGUUUUGCAUCUUAUUUUGAGUUUGGAGUCAUUAACUACUUCAAUCCCAAACUCCCAAAAAAUGAGGUAUUUUUUUCAAAUAUUUUGCAUGGUGUACUCAGAGAAGACCACGCCCUGGUGUCUAGAGCUGUGUCCAUGAAGGUGGAAAAUUUCACAGAGACAAGUGAAAUAAAUGAACUCUUUGACUUAUUUACUUACAACAAGGGAGCUUCUCUGGCCCGAAUGCUUUCUAGUUUCCUGAAUGAGAACUUAUUUAUCAGCGCACUUAAGUCAUAUUUGGGUGCAUUCUCUUACUCAAAUGCUGAGCAAGAUGAUCUGUGGAGGCAUUUUCAAAUGGCCAUAGAUGACCAGAGUAAAAUUCUUUUGCCGGCAACAGUGAAAAGCAUAAUGGACAGUUGGACGCACCAGAGUGGUUUUCCAGUUAUCACCUUAAAUGUAUCCACGGGUAUCAUGAAACAGGAGCCUUUUUAUCUUGGAAAGGUUAAAAAUCAGACUCUUCUACCCCACAAUAACACAUGGAUUGUCCCUAUUCUUUGGAUAAAAAGUGGAACAACCCAGUCAUUAGUCUGGCUAGAUGAAAACAGCAAAGUAUUUCCUGAAAUGCAAGUUUCAGAUGCAGAUCAUGACUGGGUGAUUUUAAAUUUGAAUAUGACUGGAUAUUAUAGAGUUAAUUAUGAUAAGUUAGGUUGGGAGAGAUUAAUUCAACAACUUGAAAAAGACCCUAAGGCUAUUCCUGUUAUUCACAGACUUCAGUUGAUUGAUGAUGCCUUUUCCUUGUCUAAAAACAAUUAUAUUGAUAUUGAAAUAGCUCUUGAUUUAACCAAGUAUCUUGCUGAAGAAGAUGAAAUUAUAGUAUGGCAUGCAGUCCUGGCGAGCCUUGUCACCAGAGACCUUGUGUCUGAUGUGAACAACUAUGACAUAUACCCAUUAUUAAAGAAGUAUCUAUUAAAGAAACUUAUCCCAAUAUGGAAUACUUAUUCAUCUAUAAUUCGUGAAAAUGUGGCAGCCCUGCAAGAUGACUAUUUAGCUCUAAUAUCACUGGAGAAACUUUUUGGAACUGCCUGUUGGUUGGGACUUGAAGACUGUCUUCAACUUUCAAGAGACCUCUUCAGAAAAUGGGUGAACCAUCCAGAGAAUGAAAUACCUUAUCCGAUUAAAAAUGUGAUUUUAUGUUACGGCAUUGCCUUGGGAAAUGAUAAAGAAUGGGACUUUUUGUUAAAUGUCUACAAUAAUAAGACAAAGGAAGAAGAGAGGCUUCAACUUGCUUAUGCCAUGAGCUGCAGUAAAGAUCCGUGGAUACUUAACAGAUACAUGGAAUAUGCCAUCACCGCAUCCCCACUGACUUUUAAUGAAACAAAUAUAAUUGAAGCUGUGGCAACAUCUGAAGUUGGUCGGUACAUCGCAAAAGAUUUUUUAGUCAACAACUGGCAGGCUGUGAGUGAAAGGUAUGGAUCACAGUCAUUGGUUACCCUGAUGUAUAUAAUAGGGAGAAGCAUAAGUACAGAUUUACAGAUCAUGGAGCUGCAACGUUUUUUCAGUAACAUGUUGGAGGAGCACCAGCGGCUUACAGUUCAAGCCAAAUUACAGACAAUAAAGAAAGAAAAUCUGAAAAACAGAAAGCGCAGUGCCAAGAUCGCUGCAUGGCUGCGGAAACACAUAAUCUAGCACCAGGUCGGCCUCCUCAUGCUCAUUAGCAUCCUGUUUGCUCACAAUUGUAUUUCUCAAUUGUGCGAGUCUGGGAAACCACACGUUUUAUUAUCUGUGUUUCACUCCCUCAUCCUCCUCAGCAUCCUGGCCUCCCCCCCACACUGUCAUGUUUGCCAAGGGAUUGCUGGGGUUCCACCAACAUUGCUGUAUUUCUGGGGGAGAUUUCCCUUCAUGUUGGGCUAUUAAACCACAAAAUUGACUUUAAAUGCCUUGUAAAAACAAAUCUACGUUAGAAAGUCUUUUAGUCUAUUGUGAAAACCUGUGGAACAUUAAACCAUCAGCUAAAUGAACACAUUCUUUUCUGAGGGAAAUACAGAUUUGCAAUACUCUCAGGCCUAUUUAGUUCAGUAUUUGGAAGAGUGAUGAGCAAAUAACAUGUCAGGACAAGGAAACAGAAACCAGGAAAAUAAUAUUCUCUGGAAGACAGAAAAGUCAGAGAAAAGCAAGCUUUAUAAAGUUAGGAACACAGAAUUUCAUGAGCCACGUUAAAUGUUCUAAAGGCAAGAAAUGUGUCUCUUCUUCCCCGUCCUCUCUCCAUAGCACCUACCACUCCACACCUCGCCCUGCUGGCUGCUGAGUUCUAGGGUGUCACAAAAGGUGCAAGAUUGUAGGAUCUGUGAAGCACCCUAGGACUACAGGUGUGGAGGCCUGAUCGGGAGGAAGUCUCUGUGCUCAAGGCCCAUCAUUGCAUGGUUGGGUCAAGCCCUCUUGCAGCCAAAGUUUAUGAGCAAAAUUAAUGGUGUCAAACGAGAAGAGCAGUUUUGGGGUAAUCUUUAGCACAAAGGGAAUACAUCAAAUAAAGGGAACUAGAAGAAGGGCUAGCCAGAGCUUAAUCUUUACAGCCGGACACUCAGAGGAUUAAAUUUGAGAUGUCAUUUUCCUUGGUAUAAUUGCAUCAACGUGUAAUUUGUACAACUUACAGUCACUUACUGUGACUGAUUUUCAUCAGUCACAAUAGAUGGAAUUAGCUUCAUUUUGUUACCCCUGAUUAAGUCAGCUCAGCCAAAGCAUCAUCCCACUCUAGACUUUGUGUGUAUAGGAUUUAACCCUGCUAACUUUUGAUUUUGUUUUUGUAGAAUGGGGGUAAAACUACAGAUCUCCUGUCUACCUCAGAGUAAUAUUGUAAAGAUGAAGAAAUAUAUCAAUUAAAAGUCUUUAAAUAUGUUACAUAAACUCAAGGUAAUGUGACCUAAGGGUUUUUCUCCCUGUCUCUUGUCUAAGUUAAUGCAGCCCAAAUAUAGUGCUCAUUCUGUAUUUCCUGUGAUCCUUCUGAUUAUAGUCUCAUCUUUUUUAAAAAUAUUUAUUUGUUUAUGCAUACAAAAGCUGGAGUACAGGCCAGAGAUGCGGGGAGUGAGAGGAUCCACCAGAGACAGAGUGGGGAAUAGACCAGGCAGACUGACCAAAAUACACUGCUGAGGGGAGCAGCGGGAGAGACAGGAGAGGUCUGCUGCGCCAUGUGGGUUUCUCCCUGGCCAACUGGGGAUUGAGUUCGUGCUGCAGAGGCUGCGGAUUGCUUCAUAGUGCAGUGCUUAACCCCUUGCGCCACCAGGGAGGCCCUAUAGUCUCAUCUUUUGAUAAUUGUGUCACAUGCCACAGACAGGGGUCUGAUGCCUGUUAUUGGAUGAUGCCAGUGCUGCUAAUACAACCAAAGAGCUCUCCAAACCUUUUCUUUUCUUUUUUUUUAAAAAAAGAUUUAUUUAUUUAUGCAUACAAGAACUGGGGUACAGGCCAGAGGUGUGGGGGGUGAGAUGAUUCACCAGAGACAGAGUGGGGAACAGAACAGGCAGACUGAAAUACACUGCUGAAGGGAGCAGUGGGUGAGACAGGAGAGGUCUGCUGUGCCAUGUGGGUAGCUCCCUGGAUGGGGGUUGAACUCAUGCUGCAGUGGCUAUGGAUAGCUUCAUAGCGCUGUGUCUUAACCUCUUGCGCCACCAGGGAGGCCCCUCCAGACUGUUUCUUGACAAUGCAGGACCUGUUACAUCUUUAUCUGUGUAGUAAAUACACAGCAUUGUAAGUGCUUAUCCAAAAUCCAGUGCCCAAGUAUUUGGUUAAUAGUCCUCUCCUUACAUGUGGAAAAGAAUUUUGGAUAAUGUACAUUUUUUUCUUCCUUGGAAGAGGCCAACUAUUCCAGAGAAGCCUUACAUUUUAUUAUACCCCACCUUAUACUGAGUAUAAAAAGGAUUGUUAAUUGACUACUGGGAUAGCCUGGAAGUUAGACUGAGGCAGAUUUUUCCAAAUGGUGCAGGCCUUUCAUUGACAUAUAAACCAGCUUUUCUAUUAGCAUCCCAA